AUGGCCGAAGUUCAAGAGAAACAGCAGAACCACGACCUGGCUCCCGAAGGAGAGAAGGCUGCAGGCCUAUCUGAGCACAAAGAGGUUGCCGCAACUCCAGAGAAGACGUCCUCUGAGGAGGAAGCCCCUCGUGCUCCUCACGAUGAUCCGGAUCACUUCGACAACCACGUCUGGACGUGGAAGGAUCGUGCCGCCGCUCUGUCGCUGUCCGGGCUUUAUGUUGACAUAUGGCAGAGCGAAAGACUGAUCGAUUGCAUUUCAUCAGGCUCUCAAAUCCCUCUCUACUUCGUCGGCGGCUCCCUCUCCUUCAUCGCAGCUGACAUCGGCGGCGCCGAUGCAUCCGCAUGGCUUCCCGUAGCCUACGCACUUGCUCUUGCAGCGGUAGCACCCUUCUCUGGCUACAUGCAAGAUCUCAUGGGCCGCCGCAACAUCACUCUGUUCGCCGGUCUCAUCCUCAUCGUUGGCAUCAUCGUGCUUGCGACAGCUAAAAGCUUCGGCGCUGGCGUCGUGGGAAUGGGACUAGCUGGUGCUGGUGCUGCUGUCGGUGAGCUGACUGCUCUUGCUGGAACUGCCGAACUCGUCCCAGUCAAAGCCCGCGGCUACUACCUCGCCCUCGUGACCGGCUUCGUCCUCCCUUUCACCCCCUACCUGCUCUACGCCCAACUCCUCUCCACCUACCACACCUGGCGCUGGGGCAUCUGGAUCUGCCUGAUCUGGAACGGCAUCUGGUUCGCCGGCAUCCUCGUCCUCUACUUCCCACAAUCGCAGACCCGUGCGAAGGGCGCCGCUGCCCGCGAGAUCCUUGGCAAGAUCGACUACGUCGGCGGGUUCUUGUCGAUCACUGGGUUGGUACUGUUCCUCGUGGCAUUGCAGGCCGGUGGGUACAGUCAUCCGUGGGCCAGCGCGUAUGUGCUGUGCACGCUGAUCAUUGGGUUCUUGUUGAUUGUGGCGUUUGUGGUGUGGGAGUUGAAGUUUUGCAAAGAUCCUAUGGUGCCGCAUGAGAUGUUCAAGGGGCAGAGGAUUGUUGGGAUGGCUUAUGGGAUUGCUUUCGUUGCUGGCAUGAACUUCUACGCCAUGUUGAACUUCUUCCCGAUCCUGUUCCACGACGUCUUCCCACCUGACCCGGUUCAAGUCGGCCUGAAAGGUAUCGGUCCAGGUCUCAGCACCACCUUCGGCGCCGUUUUCGUCAAUGCUGCCCUUACCUGGUUCAAGGGCUGGAACAGAGAAUUGUUGCUCGCCUGCACGGUCAUGAUGACUGCCUUCGGUGGCGCCCUCGCCGCCAUCACUCCCGAAACCACCUCCCUCGCCGUCGCCCUGAGUAUCUUCACAGGCUUCGGCGUCGGAGGCGUGCUUGUCCCCGCCGCCACCGUCGCUGUCAUGGUCACACCAGACACCUCGAUCGCGACCUGCGUUGCCCUAUCUCUCGCCAUCCGCACCGUUGGUGGUUCCAUCGGCUAUGCUAUCUACUACAACGUCUUCGUCAAUAAGCUCACGAGCAGCUUGCCGACGAAAGUGGUGGAGUAUGCGGUGGGAGCGGGCCUGCCGCUCACGAGUGCCGAGAGCUUUGUGAUGGCGUAUCUGGGAGGGUUGGAGGAGGCGUUGAUGCAGAUUCCAGGUGUGACGCCUGCUGUGCUUGAGGGUGCGGCGAUUGGAAGCAGAUGGGCAUACGCCGGCGCCCUGAAGUGGGUGUGGAUCUCGUCAAUUCCGUUCGGUGUCUGCGCUAUCGUGGCGACCUGCUUCUUGGGAAAUACGAGCAAAUACAUGACGGAUCGCGUUGCUGCGAGAUUGGCUCACUGA